GCACGAAAACACUGAUGUCGCGCGAACUAUAAUGAGAGAUGUGGCUGUGACGUGCCAAAGGACGGACUCACUCGAGGACCGGAACACAAUGUCUCAGUUGCGCAACAUUCACCGGCUCAGGCAUGCAGCACAUGUGAGGGCUUCAUUAACGGACGAAAAGAGGCAAUGUGUUAGACAUGCGGUCAAUCGUUCAGCAGCGAAUGGAGGAGGAGGAGGAGGAGGAGAGAUUAUAAGGAGGAGAGGAGGAGGAGGAGGAGGAGGAGGAGGAGGAGGAGGAGCAAGAGGAGGUGGAGGAGGUCCCGACAGUGGAGGAGGAGGUUCAGAGAAUGGAGGAGGAAAAGGAAGAGGAGGGGGAGGAAGAGGAGGAGGAGGAGGAGGAGGAAGAGGAGGAGGUCCCGACGAUGGAGGAGGAGGAGGAGGAGAGGAGGAGAAGGUCCCGACGAUGGAGGAGGAGGAGGAGGAGGAGGAGGAAGAGGAGGAGGAGGAGGAGGAGGAUGACGAAGGGAAGGAAAUUCACCUGGCGCCGGCAGGCGAUGGCGCGUGGGUUGCGAGCGUUAGGCGUCGGAGCUCGGCAAACUGCAACGCUGAACUCGGCCGACUGGGUAGGGCGAAGUCCGGCGCGAGUCGGAGUUUGGACGAGCAUGUGGAACACCUACGCACCGUUUUGGAGCGGCUACGACAAGCCAAGUACAAAGCCAACCGCGACAAAUGCGAAUUUGCGCGGCAGGAGCUGGAGUACUUGGGACAUUAUGUGACGCCGCAAGGCAUCCGUCCGCUUGCGGACAAGGAGUCCGGCACGAAGAUGAAACCAAGUUCCGCUCGGCAUCCACAGACGGACGGGCAAACGGAGCGGGCACAUCAAACCACUCACAUGAUGCUUAGUACACUCAUCCGUCCGGACCAGAAAGAUUGGGUUGACCGCCUCCCCGACAUCGAGUUCACCUACAACACUUCGGUGCACCCGGCGAUCGGCGCGACUCCAUUCGAGUUGCACCACGGUGGACGGAAAGGCCGUAUCUUCGCCGACCUUCUCCUCCCACGACCAGCCGACAUCGACGCCGCUUGCUCUSCCGCUUCCAUCCGGAAGUACAGGGAAUUGCUGGCUCAAGCCCGCGCGAAUAUGCAAAAGGCUCAAGUCUGCAUGCAGCAGCAAGCCAACAGGCGUCGCGUGCCAUGUCCCAUCCGCGCCGGUGAUCUGGUUUGGGUCUCCKCGGAAGAGUUUGCAUUGGAACAGGAUGUUUCACGCAAACUGCUUCCCAAGUGGUUUGGACCAUGGCCCGUAACAUCAGCCGCGGGCGAUGAGCCCGAUGGCCCUUCAUUUGUGAUCAACAUCCCCCCGCAUCUGAUGGUCCAUCCAGUCUUUCAUGCCUCGAAGCUGGCAACAUAUACACCAGCUAAGAGCGACGACUUCCCUGGCCGACGAUCGCAGGACCCUCCAUCUAUGGAUGGUCAUCAGGAAGUUGACCGCGUCAUCACGGAUCGCAAGUACGGCAGUAAGCCUCGACAGUACAAAGUUACAUUCAAAGCAUGCGAUCCCGACGACACUCGGUGGAUUUCAGGAACAGAUUUGAAAGCAUCCGCACCGCUGAUCUACGCUCACUACGAUAGCUCAGGGACCUUCACGACCUGCCCCUCCCACCCGGACUGUGGUCCCUCCCUCAGACAGACAGCUUCGCCCUCGCAGGCUAUUUCUGGCCUGUUCCCACGACAGCCUCAAGCAGGAGCUGCAGCGGCGGCCCCUGACUCCCUUUCACAUUGGCAAGAGCAGCCUCCUGGACUGCCUCGCCCUGCAGUCAGGAGGCAGGCCGAGAAGUACAUAGGGAGUUCCCAUGCACUUCACAGGGAGGUGUUGGACAGAAGGCAGGAGUAGUCUUCAGGAUUCGGCCGCAGCACUCAGGAGGAGCGCUGCAGGAGUAGCUUAGCGCCAGCAGUAGUC